UGCGGGGACUCACAUUAUUUUCCCUCUUUCUUUUUCCUUCUUUUGGUCUUCUUCCUCUUUCGCUCGCUUCGCACAACAACAAUAACGACGACGUUUUUUCAGUGGCGAAAACUGUACGCAAGAGGGGCGAGAAGAGGAGAAAAGUGCAAGGCAGAGAGCGAGAGUGGGAGAGGCAGAAAAGUAGGAAAAAAAACACACAUGUAAUGUGCAAUUGUUUUAUGAGUUCUACGUUCAUUUUGUUGUUUGUUUUUCGGUGGCCCUCAGGUAAUUGCAGUUUGGUUUUUCCGCGUGUGCGUGUGAGAGGUAAAAACGCGUGUCCAGAAAAACGCGCCAACGCCAAAUAAAAAGUAACGCCAAGUAACUACCGCCCAUCCAGCGAUCACGCGCCCCAACCCAUUUUAAAUGAUAAUGGUGCGAAGACGACAACGGCCCGCCAAGGAAUCCACAUCCUCAACCUCUGGUGGAGCCUCCUCUGGAUCGGGCAUUCCUGUAGACCAAGCACUGCCGCUAAAUGUGGCGGGAAAUCUGCUGGAGGAUCAGUAUUUUGCCAGCCCCAAGCGGAAAGACUGCCGUUUGAUGAAGGUCACUCAAAAUGGCCAACUGCCGGAAGCCACAAUGAUGGCCCACAACAAAGACAACAAAGCGGGUCGCACAAUAGGAGUUCCCUUGGCCACACGCUCACAAACUCGCACCAUUGAGAACUUUUUCAAAGCCAAUGCUGCCGCUAAGGAUUCCCAAAAGACAAUACACACUGGAGAGCAGUUGGAUCUUGGAGAUCAGGAGCUGAAACUAGACGAUGAGGAGCUAAAUGGACAGAUUAACCUUGAUGACGAGGUGCUAAAGCUAGCAGACGAGCGGAUAAAUGAAAACCUUCCCUUUGCCGACGAAGUAGAUGCCAAGGCAGAACAAAAGCUUAUGGAUGAGGAACUGCAGCAGGUGGUGGAGGAACUCUUAUUCGAUGGCAGUUCCAGAGCCUCCUCCAAUUCGCCCUGCUAUCAGCAUGAUAUGGAGGCCAUGCAGGCGAUCCAACAGAUCCCAGAAAUUCCACACAUCAAAAAGGUCACAGAGCCCCACGAAGGACUGGGCUCUUUGGCCGACUUCCAGACACAUCGCUCUGCGCUAAGGGACAGCCAUAGUUCCACGCACAGCAGCAGCACCGACAACAUCUUCCUGCAGGAGCCGGUUCUGACUCUGGACAUUGAUCGCACGCCCACUAAAGCCUCCAGCAUUAAGAUCAAUCGGAGUUUUGAACUGGCCGGAGCCGUAUUCUCAUCACCUCCGUCGGUGCUAAACGCCUGCCUUAAUGGGCGCUUCAAUCAAAUAGUAAGCCUGAAUGGACAAAAGGAGCCGCUGGAUGCGCCGCACUUCGAUUUGGAUCAACAUGACAGUAGUUCCUGCGACAGCGGCGUGGCCUGUGGACUCACUGCCAAUACAGAAUCGCCAGCGGGGCAACCUCGGCGCAGAAAACCAGCCACACCGCAUCGCAUCCUCUGCCCCUCGCCAAUCAAAACGGCUUUGAAGGUAACUGGUGGGAUUUGCAAGGUCGGAUCCACAGAUCCAUUGUCGCCACGCAAGUCUCCUCGAAAAUUGCCGGCCACUACAGCAGCGGUGGCCGCCUGCAAGUCGCGCCGAAGACUGAACCAGCCAAAGCCACAAGCGCCUUACCAGCCACAGCCACAGCUACAGAAACCACCGCCACAACAGCAGCAGCAGCAGCAGGAUGACAUCGUCGUGGUGCUAGACGACGACGAUGAUGGAGAGGAGGACGAGGACGACGUUAGAGCUCUGCUCAAGGCUGCCGAAGAGCGCGAAAACCAGAACGAAGCACCAGCCACAGCGAACAGCAAUAAAACAGGCAUGAAAUCCAUGCUCAAGCCUGCGCCUGUAAAAUCGAAAACAAAAAGCAAGGCGCCAACGAAGGGACAACCGCCGCUGCCUUUGGCUGCCACCAACGGCAACCGUGAGAUGACCGACUUCUUCCCUGUGCGUAGGAGUGUGCGCAAGACUAAGACGGCCGUCAAGGAGGAGUGGAUGCGGGGCUUGGAGCAAGCAGUGCUGGAAGAGCGCUGCGAGGGUCUUCAAGUACGCCACUUCAUGGGCAAGGGAAGAGGAGUAGUCGCCGAUCGGCCCUUCAAACGUAAUGAGUUUGUGGUUGAGUAUGUGGGAGAUCUCAUCUCUAUAAGCGAGGCGGCGGAACGGGAGAAACGCUAUGCGUUGGACGAGAAUGCUGGGUGCUAUAUGUACUACUUCAAGCACAAGACCCAGCAGUACUGCAUCGAUGCAACCGUGGACACCGGCAAGCUGGGGCGUCUCAUCAAUCACUCGCGGGCUGGUAACCUAAUGACCAAAGUAGUACUUAUCAAACAGCGGCCUCACCUCGUACUCCUGGCCAAGGACGACAUCGAGCCGGGCGAGGAGCUGACCUACGACUACGGGGACCGAUCCAAGGAGUCACUACUGCACCAUCCCUGGUUGGCCUUCUGAGGAAGAGCUCUCCAGGAGCUCGCGAAAGGGGAUGCGGCACAGCCUUAAUAAGAAGACUAUUUAUCAUGUUCAGGGCAGAGAAUCUUUAAAAUAAGACCUGGGCUAAACUGGUUUUUGGCUCGAGGGAUUCUUUCUUAGCUUUUAUACGUAGAUUGCCUUGCCUUGAACCACUGCAAAAUUGUUUUCAGACCUGUUUCCAUGUGAUAAGUUGCCGGAAUUUUAUACAUCUACAAAUGUUUUAUUAAGAAAACAAUAACUAUAUUGCAAUCACUUAUAUUUUUGGUAAGACCAAUUCAACCAUUACGAAUUCCGGCAACUUAAAUCAGAAUGGACAGUGGUAUUUGACACCGGUUCUGGGCAUCCCCGAGCUUAGAUCAUAUUUGAGGAAAAGUAUAUAAACUGUUAGUUCAAAAUAUCAUAAAGGAUAGCGAUACCCACACAACCCAACAACCCAACAACUCAAGGGUGGUUCCAGCCAGGGACGAAGAGUAAUCAAUGUAAAUUCUAACAAGUUUGCCUCAGAAAUAGGUCUAAUGUCAAUUUCGGUCUUUGGCAUUACCAAAAUAAGUUACACAUGAAGUUAAAAUUUCUCUUGGGUCAGUGAAAUAACCGAAAUUACCUAUUAAGAACAAAUUUAUCAAAAAGACCUAGCGUAUACAGAUUGUAAAUUGAUAUUAGACCCAUGAUCCCUACAGCAAAAUGCCUUUAAAUUGUACGAUUACGAUUCACCCCAAGACUCUAUAUCGAAAGAUCGAUCCACCCGUGCCCCCCACACACUCAUGAGCAUCUUUUUGGAUUUGUUAGCGUUUCAUUAUGUUAGAGCAAGGCUAAAGUUAAGGAGAGAUAAUAAUAAUAAUAAUAACAAUAAAACAACGCGCUUAAGCAUUAAGGCAUCUUAAGAUAAUUGAAUGAAAUGAAAAACUGUUGACCAUUUAGAGAGAUGAUGAUGUUAAUGAACCCACGCAUUCACAUUGACAAAAAUCGAUCGUACACUAUUUAUAUAGAUAUUUAUAUUAGAUACAUGUGUAAUUUCUAACUAUUACGUACUAUUUACUGCCAUAGAGCUAUACACUCCCUCGCACCUGCCCCAAACCCCUAGGAAUUGACCCUGAAUCGUUGAUUUAAACCACUGACUCUCACUCAUUAAUUCACGAGGCUUCUCCAGGAGAGUAGUGGACUGCUGGACACCUAGUGCUUCGAUUUACUGAUAAUCUCUCUACUUACACGCAGGUUUCAAUCACACACUCAUCGGUACACAUAAAUAAAAACAAAAUA